AUGGCGCGGGCGCCACCGCCAGGGCGUCCACGCCUGCCUGACGACCAAAGAAGGUGGAAGACGAAGCGGGCCCUAACUUCGUAUACAGUUGCGACGAAGAAAGCUGUUGUUGAGCAUCUGAGACUACACUGCAUUGUUCAAUUCACUAUGGACACGUUCUUUCCUGAUCUACCAACAGAGAAGUAUCAAGGAAGACGAGUAUUGGUGCUAAGGUGGGCUCGCCAGUAUGACUCUAUCGCCGCUACGUGUGCUUCUGUCGGCGGUGGGGGCAAGCGAAAAACUCGCUCUACCGGAUCAGCUACGAUCUUACCUCUAGAUGUUGAGCUUGACAUCGUGAGCUGGAUUAACGACUUGCGCGCCGAGGGUGUUCCAGUCACGUCUCUAAUGCUACGCCUGAAGGCGUUAAGCGCAGCUAAGGCGGCGGGAGUGCAACGAUUCCGGGCGUCCACUGGAUGGCAGCGUCUGUUCAAGAGGCGUCACCGCCUGUCAAUGCGAUCGCGCACACGCCAAGGCCAAGGCAGCCCAGUAGAGCUGGACAAGACCGCCGCGGAAUUCUCUCUAACUGUGAAGGCUAAAGCGGCGGAACUGGGUGUGUCUGUUAUAUACAAUGCAAAACAAACCGAUGCGUUUUUCGAGUAUUUACCCGCUAAAACACUGCAUGGCACCGGUGACAAGACGGUGUGGGUGCGCUGCGGUGGCAAAAGCAAGGAAAGAGCUACCGUCAUGCUGUUAGGAGACUCGAACGGUAAUAAAUACCCGCCGUUUCUUGUUUUCAAGUCAAAGCCAUCGACGGUAUUACAACGACGUGAAGCCAACACACGCCUUCGCCAUGGAUUUGGCGUAACCGUGUGGAAAGAAGUCGGACCAGCGCAAGAAAAAGAAGGAGUCCAAGUUCAUGACAACGCCAAAGGUAAAUAA